UAUUCAACAUCCAUUGCGGUUUUGAAUUCAACUGGAAGAAGAUCUCAAAAUUACAGUCAUGAAAUUCUUUAUUGUUUUUGCUGCUCUCUUUGCUGUUGCCUUGGCUGCACCCAGACCCGAUCAUGAACAUGCUGAAAUUUUGAAACUUGAAUCCAAUGUGGAACAUGAUGGCUAUUCUUUUGCUUCCGAAACCAGUGACGGCACCAGCCGCCAUGAGGAGGGCAAACUGAAGGAAGUCAAGGGCGAACAUGGUGAUGAACAUGCCAUUGUUGUCCAUGGUGAAUUCUCCUGGAAGGAUCAUCAUGACGGUAAGGUCUAUACCGUCAAAUAUGUUGCCGAUGAAAAUGGUUUCCAACCCACCGGUGACCAUCUCCCACAAUUGGCUAGCCACUAAAAAACAUAGGUAGAAUUAAAGGUGAUCUGUGUGUGUGCAUAGCUGAGUAACGAAUUCUUAUGUUAAAUCAAAAAAUAAAAUAGCAAGGCAUAUAUAAAGUAAA